ACAAGAAGCACUGGCCGAUCCGUUCACUACGGCUACCAGAGCCAGCUACCCUGAAGAUUCUCAGCUAGACACCCAGAAAGCCGCUGCUGUUGCCUUCACGGAAGCCAAAGAAGCCCCCGAAGCUGAAAAGCCCAACCAAGCCAAGGAAUCCAAGAAAGGACGCUGUAUCGUCUGCAAGGAAGAAACCCUCUUCACUGAGACUUUGAAGUACCCUGGAGGUCAUAUUUAUUGUCACGGAUGCAAUGAAGAACGAUUUCAAUUAGCUAUUCUUGAUGGGCUUUUCCCUCCCCUGGAUGCUGUGGCCAAGCAACCCCCCUCGGCGUGAUACGGCAGGGAGAACAGGACUUGCCACUGAGUCGGACAUUUCUGAAUACGUUAGACUGGAGAUUGUUGGAACUUUGAGGUGUCAUUUAUGAGCAAUAGAUUGAAU